GGGAUCCAUGGGGGCAAAUACUGCAGUAAGGUACCUGUACCACCAGUACAGAGAGUCAUCCUGCACUUUGACCUGGACUGUUUCUAUGCCCAGGUUGAAAUGAUCCGCAACCCAGCACUGCGAAAUGUGCCUUUAGGUGAUUUAUUUUACAUACUAUUUCUAGUUUGUCUCCUUUUUUGUGAAUUUUGUGUGUCUAAGCGUAUUACUGUAUCAUUUUUCAACAUGUCAAUGGAAGCACUAGUUGCGUAACAACUUCUCUCUGGACUCCUUGUAGGUAUUCAGCAAAAGUACAUCAUCGUCACCUGUAACUACGUGGCCAGGGACCUUGGUUUGACAAAGCUGAUGUUAGUGACAGAUGCCAAAGAGAAGUGUCCUCAGCUCGUGCUGGUCAAGGGAGAGGACCUGACACACUACAGAGAGACAUCUUACAAAGUCACAGGUAAUCAACUCAGUAACUCUUGAAAUGAGUUAACCACCACAAACAGCUAGAACAGUGAUGAUCUCACAAACAUCAGAUAAAUCAUUUUUUAUAGCCACAGUGUUAUGCUCUAAUGAAUUCUACCUUACUAUCAGUUUUUUUCUUUCUUAUGGAAAAACUCUCACCUGUCUCUGUGCUGUCCCCCAUUCAGAGUUGCUGAUGUCGUUCUGUCCAUUAGUAGAGCGGCUGGGGUUUGAUGAGAACUUCAUGGACAUCACAGAGAUGGUGGAGAGGAGGAUGGAACAGACCCCAGAGUCUGCUCACUAUUCAUACAAAGGCCACGUUUACAAUCAUGACAGUGAGUAGCAUAAGGUCUAGCAGCAUUCCGCCUGGGGACUUAUGAAACCAGGAUAUGGGUUGUGAAACAACCUGUGACGCUAAAUGUAUAAACAUUUGCAUUGCACUUUCAGUUUCCUACAUUUAGAGCCACUGUGGGUUUGGAUUCUUAACCUUAGCCUUUAGUUAUAAGAAAUUAAAUGUCUACAUACUAACAAUCAGGUUGAGAUUAUGUGAAAUUUUACCAUGGAUUGUGUAUCUUUUUGUUUUGUCUACUCAGCCUCAGAUGCCAAAGUCAUGGACCACCCUAGACUAGCGGUGGGCUCACACAUUGCAGCUGAACUGAGAGCAGACAUCCACAGCAAGCUGGGCCUCACUGGCUGUGCGGGUGUUGCUACCAGUAAACUGCUGGCCAAACUGGUGUCAGGCACCUUCAAACCAAAUCAACAAACCACACUUUUGCCAGAGAGUGUCAAAGACAUCAUGGGCAGUCUAAGUGGUUUACGUAAAGUACCAGGUAUAGAUCUACGUUUUAUUUCUAAUUUGACUCUCAGCAAGUUAUCCAAAUCACUACAUGAAGUAGAGGAUAGUGGUAGAGUAUCCAGCCUGUUGAUCCAUGUAGCCCACAGCCGUAAUCACCUCUGUAGCUGUUGUCAUUCCAUUCAGUGCUUUACCUUUACCCAUUAUGGCCCAUUUCAGGAGUAGGCCACCAGACUGCUAAGAGGCUUCAGGCCCUGGGAUUGGUUAGUGUACAGGACCUGCAGCUCUUCCCAUUGGCUGACCUGGUGAGGGAGUUUGGAGCCUCCACUGCUCAGCGUCUCCAGAAUCUGGCCUUGGGCAUCGAUGACACUGCAGUCACCCCCACUGGUGCUCCACAGGUGUGAGAUGAAAACUGAUCAAUGAAAUUACCAGUUUUCAGCUAAUACUGUUACAGUGCACAUAUUGAUAUGUCUUUCUGUAUUUUUCUCCCUAUCUUCAUAAUAUCCCAGUCUCUUAGCGAUGAAGACUCCUUCAAGAAAAUGUCCUCAACCAAUGAAGUUAGGCAAAAGGUUGAGGAUCUGUUGAGUAGCCUUUUAGACAGGUAAUCAUAAGGUUUGAAUUGCAAGGUGCAGAAACGGUUGAAUCUCCAAGUAGUGUUUCUGCUCUUAAGUUGAACUAAGCUGUCUUGGUUUUAGGAUGCAUAAAGAUGGCAGGCAGCCUUUGACCCUUCGACUGACCAUCAGGCGUUACUCUGCAACCAACAAGUGGUUCAGCCGGGAGAGCAGGCAGUGUCCCAUCCCCAACCACAUUGGGCAAAAGAUAACCUCUGGUACCUGUUAAAUAAUUCUCAUACAAAUAUGGAGUAUAUUUUGUCUGCAAGUCAUUAGGAAUUUAAAAUGUACUGCCAAUGGCAUUGGCAAAUAUGCAGUAGCUAUUGUUUAGUACCUAGUGUACUAUGUAUCUACAUUUUAACAGUACAUUAAUUUCUAAGGAUGGAUUUCACAGAUCUUGAAUGGUAGAUCAGUUACUGUGCAUUUAGCAGCUAACCGUACUUAAAUCUGCUGUGUUUAUCAGGCAACAGUGAUGCCUUGGCCCAGCUGGUCACCAUGGCCAUGAAGCUCUUCCACAAGAUGGUGGACACCAGCACAGCCUUCCACCUCACCCUCCUCAACAUGUGCUUCAGUAACCUGCAGGCCAGGUGUGCUGCUGUCAGCAAGGGAUCCAUCGCCUCCUUCUUCACACACAGAUCUCCUGAGAAAACCCAGGCCUCCUCUCGGUGUCAGGUAAGAAGACAUGUGGAUGCAUUAGAAAUCAACUAGUAUCGCUGUCUAAGCCUUUACCCAGCCAUGUGCACUCUGUAUGUGCCAUCUUUAGAAUUCUGAAAAUGUGCAUCCUUGCUCUCUCCUUCCCCUCUAGGAUGAUCUGUCUCAAAGUGUGCUUGGUAACCUCACGGGACAGGCUGGAUCUGAUGUUGAAGGUAAGACUGAGGAGUUGACUGGUCAGGAUGCAUCACACUGGAUACCAGACAUACCUACCAGUCUUAAGAUCAAGCCUUACACACAGUCAACAUUGCAUAGCCCUGAGGCCUCCCAGCAACAGCAGAUGGUGGGUGAGUGCUGCAUAGGUGGAAGAACAGUAGAUGAUAAAAGGACCAACAGUCCUGGGAUGACAGAUUUUCCUCGAUUGCCACCCAACAUUGACCCUGAGGUGUUUAGACUCCUGCCUGAGGACAUCCAGAAGGAACUGUUAUCACCUGCCUACCCAGAGACCGCCCAUGGCCCCCUCAGCCAUAGCACUCAGUCCGUCAGACCCACAGCAUCUGACCCAGCAGACAGAGCCCACUCAUCUCACCACAACUUUUCAGAACAGCCUGCCUCUCUCUCUCAGCCUGCUCCAUGCAAACUUAAUGACUCAUUUCACAGCACUCCCAUAGACCGAAAAGAAACUGUGAAGGGCUUUGACAGACAGCCCAAUACACUGACAACCAACAACCAACAAGAACACUCAAUCACCUCCCUGCAGUAUUCACUCACAGACCUCUUGGAGGAGGGAAACUCCUCUACAGGCCUCGUGUCACAGAGGCAUUCGGCUGACUGUGGUUUCCCAGGAAACGUGGACCCCAAGGUGUUCUCAGAACUACCUCCAGAGGUUCAGAGAGAGCUACUGUCUGAGUGGAGACAACAGAGACCUGUCCUUAAGAUUUCCUCCUCUUCUAAAAAACAGGGCAAAAGCCCCCUGGCCAGAGAGGGGAAGGCUCCAGCUAAAAGCAGUCAGGCUAAUAACUUAUUGAAGUAUUUCAAACCCAGCUCAGGUUAGAAUGUGUCCGUUAUAUCAAAGGUCACUAUGUGGUGAUUUAGUAUUUGGACAAAUAAUCAAAUAACUCUCUUUUUAUUUUUAGGAUGUUCAGCAAGUGAGAUUCAUACAGCUAUUUUAGUCAAUGCAAAUAUAAGGAAUUGAAUGUUAAAAUAGAAAAUGUUUUAAAUGUUUCAAACAGUGUUUUACGUUUUGUAAACAUAUGGUAAUGUUCCAGG